AAAUUACUCCUUGCAUUGGUUCGUACUUCGUAGCAGCCAAUGAAAUGCCGCGAUUUGCUCGGCCGGUAAAUUCCGCAGAAAGUUUGAACGCACGCACACUUGUUUUGACAGUUUUGUAGUUUCGUGCUUUCGUGUUUCGUGGUUAUUCACAACAACUCUCGCCUCGGCAAGCUUCAAAUUUGGUAAUAAAAGCGUAUCGAUCGAAUGGACGGAGCUUACGUUUCAUCCUGACCCGUUGCUUCUCCGAAGAAACACUAUUAAAAGACGCGAUGGCUCCUUUCUGUCUAAACUCGGAGCAGAGCCGAUACAGCAUCGUCCGAAAAAAACUGGACAAGCUUGGUUUUGAUAGUCCAUUGACUAUCGACAGUUUGCAGCUGGUUGAAAAACUUUUGGAAGAUUUGGUCACAACCACUGAUAGCUUAAGAAGAUAUAAAAAUCUUUAUAAAAAUACAAUUGAGAAAUGCAAGCUGUACGAACAAGGCGUCGAACCUUAUAUGAAAGAAAACAGCAAGCUGGUGAAAAGUUGCAACGAACUGCACAAAAAGGUUUUGUCCCUUCAGGAUAACUUGGAAGAUGAAAGAAGAACCCAUCAGCGCAAAUUGGACAAUCUCCAAGCUGAGGUGGAUAGAUUCAAAAUCAUGGAGAGACAGUAUGGCAAGUGCAUCAAAGAGCUAGAAAAUGAAUGUGCUGAAAAGACCAUUAAGCUGCAUAGAGGUGUGCAACCUAGAGCCAGACCAGCUUUUAGGCCAGCUGGAAGUAGCAAAGGUGAGUUUCCUCCGCUACGAUCAAAAUCUGCUAAGGACAGCGCAAGAAGUAGUAAGCAUACUGAAAGCCAAAGUGAGUUUGAAAGGAUGUAUUUCGAACCGCCAAACAACAUCCUCAAUACUGUGGAGACUCAAGCGUCCAACCUAUCCCAUGAGCUUCAAAAGAUUCGAGGAAAGCUUGAAGAACUGAAGUUAGAGAAUGGCUCGGUUAAAGAUAAACUCAAACGCAGAGACCAGGAAAUUGAACGCUUGCAAAAUAUGUUGGAAGGUGGAAUGCCUAUUAAGAGAGUAGUUCAGGAUUCAUGUCCAGAGAGUGAUAAAUUCCUGGAAGUAAAAUUAAAAGAGAGUGAAGAUCAGAAGCAUGAGGCAAUGAAGAAUGCGGUACGACUUGUUCAAAAGUGUGAUCGUCUUACCACCGAAAUGAAGGACAUAGACAAGCUUGCAUGUGAGCUAAGAGAUGAGAAGAUUGCCCUUGAGGAGAGACUAGCCCAGUGUGAGGAAAACUAUAUGAGAUGCUGCAACGAAAAUCACGACCUCAAGGCUCAAAUGAUGCAAUCCAAUCUGACCAAGGGCUGCAAAUGUUCCGGUCAAGACCAAAAUGCUAGGGAUAAGAGCCUUCUACAGGAAAAGUUGGAUUCUGUUUCAAAGGAGCUGAAUGAAAUGAAAAGUAGAGAAAAAACCCUGCUGGUUGAAAUUAAAAAGCUGAGUGACCAACUGCAAGCUGGAGCCAAACAUAGUUCCGCGAUAUCCAGGAAGGCCUCGUCUAGAUCUGGCAGUCGCCACAGAGAUGUCAAUGAUUCGAGAGAGACAGCAGCCAAAACCUUAGCCAACAAUUUGCCAACUGCGGAUUCGAUUCAGCGCGAGGCUGAAAUUGAAAGACUGGUAGCAGAAAAAGAGAAAUUGGAAAAGAGGUGCAAACUCUUGGCAGAUGAAAUGAGUGCAAUGUCUGAUAAUGGUGUUCUCAACUUGGUCCAGCAGAUUUCUCUCAAGGACAAAGAACUUAUUGCCAUACAACAAGAAAACAGCAAUCUGAUGAGGGAAAACUCUAGCUUGCAGACUCAACUUAAAUUCGCCAAAGAAUCUAAUCCAUCAACUGAUCUUCGGAGCCUCCUCACUCAAAUUGAGAAAGACAAGGCUGCUGCAAAGGCCGAGCUUCAUUCUGCGCUUGCCGAAAGGGAUGCCCUGAAAGACCAGCUCAAGUUUGUUUCUGGAAAGCUUUCGGAACGCCAGUCAGCUGCUUACUCUACAGACACGGAUCGUGUGAACCAACUUGAAAGCGAGAGGCGUGAACUGUUGCAGCAAAAAGGCUCUAACCAAACGCACAUAACAAACCUUGAGCAGCAGGUGCGAAGUCUUGAAUCUGAGCUCACCAAGCAACGGACGCAGUAUCUGCAGCUCAAGAACCUCCACGAGCAAACGGAGGCAAACUUGGCUGUUUGUCAAGGAGAGCUUAGCCAGAUGAGGAGGGACACUGCCAUGUCACAGGGUCGUUUAAGUGAGCUGAAAACACUACAAGCAGAGGUUGUGGCCUUGAGAGAGGAGCGUUCUAGAAUGUGGACUGAGCUAAAUCGCAAUUCUGGGGACAAGGAUGCUUUCAAGCUCCAGCUUGAUGAGAAGUCUGAGAGAAUCGCUCUGCUGCAGAAAGAAAUCAACGCUAAAGAGUCUUGGAUUGCCAAGUUAGAGAAAAACUUAACUGAGCUAAAGGAAGUUUUGCAGGGCAAGGGCGCUCCAAAUAAAAAUAUUCGCGUGACCACCAAGGUGAAGACUUCCGUGAAGUCGAGGUCCUGCACCACCCCGCCCUCGUCCCGCUCUUCCAAGUCCAAGCCCUUUCCCCCAAAACGGUGGAUUAGAAACGCGGCCGUGGUACAUUCGCCACCCAGCAGGGUUACCCAAGACUCCGAUUUAGCCCACAAACAAGAUGCACGAGGUCUCCAGCGCGAGGUGGAGAGGCUCCGAAAGGAACUGGAGCAGGCCGCCAAAGUGAAGCAGGCGUCUGAAAUUGAGAUUAAGCGUCUUCAAGAUGAUCUGAGUGCCUCUUUGAAAGACUGCAAGAUUUCAAAAAGAGAUCUCGACAUCGCUCAGAGAGAUGUGGAGGAUCUUAAGCAGCGGCUUCAAAAUUACGUCUCUGAAGUUCAGAGGAUUGAAAACCUCUUGUCAAACAAAGAGGAAGAAAGAAAUGCUCUGCUUGAACAAUUUCACAGUUUGAGUCAAGAGGCAAUUGAGCUAGAGACUCACAACACUAGUUUAAAAAGUGAGGCUCACCAAGUGAAGCACUCUCUGGAGGUGACUACGGGACAAGUUUCUCAUCUAGAAGACCAACUUUCUGCCAGCAAGGAACUAAUUUUUGGUUAUGAGAGCCAGGUUGUAAAUUUGACCCGGCUCGUAAAAAAUUUGGAGGUAGAACUGAGAACAGUUAAAGAACAGUCUGAAUCUUUUGAAAAGGAUCUGAAUGCUGUCCAUGAAUUGUGUAUGAAACUUGACAGUCAGAAAGAGUCGUUGGAAGAUGAUCUGAAAUUGAGCAACAAAAGGAGUCUCGAGUUGGAGGCAAACUGCGCCAAGUUGAAAUCAGAACUGGAAACACUGAAUCUGCAACUCCAGAGAGAGUUGGCAAGUAAGGGUGCAAUAGAAAGUGUGCUAGAAGAAAAUAGGGAAGAAUCGAUGAAGCAGCGCUUGACGAAUGUGGAAAUGGCACAAGAACUGGAUAAAAUAAGGAGUGAAGUUACAAAAAUGAGGCAGACCCAAGAUAGGGAUGACGUCAGUCGUUACACAAGAGUAGCAGCUGAAAAAUCUCAAGAGGUUGAUGCUCUGCGCCGAGAACUAACUAAAGAAAAGUUCGAAAAGGCAAGACUACAAGAAGAAAGUCACAGCUCAAGACAAAUUCAUCAACGCAGCACCAGUCCACCAUCGUCUGUGCAUUCCUUAAAAAGUUUAUCACCAGCAGAGACAAGUGAUUAGAUAUAAGGCUUAUUUUUGUAUACAAAGUAUAAUUUUAAUAGUUUUAUGUAAAGAACCAAAACUAUUUAUUAUUAUCUUGUUCUUGACCAUGACAGUAUAUUAAUUAAGACAAUAACAAAUUUAUUAAAUUGGAUGCUAAUUUGUGUUCAUCAUAUUAUAUCUAUGUUUGACGUAGAUUUUAGAUCAACUUGAAUUAA